AUGGAGGCUCCGUUUCACAUUGCCGACGAGGGGGAGGAUGGAAACGUAGGGGUUUGGAGGUGGGACUGGGAGCAGAUAGUAGAAUCGAAACAGGGCACUUUGGCUCUCUUUUGUGUAUCGGCAUUGUUUUCUUGUAGCAUCAGUUCUGCGGGUACCUCCAAAAACUCCACUCGCUUCAGUGUAUGCGAAUAUGGGGCUGUUGGUGAUGGCAUUACGAAUGAUACAGAAGCCUUUCAUGACGCUUGGAAUGCUACAUGUUCCAGUGAAGAGGAAAACCCGAUAAUUAUUGUCCCCGAAAACAACACUUUUCUUGUGCAUCAAGUCAAAUUCGGCGGUCCUUGCAAGGCCAAGAAUAUCACAUUUAUGAUAUUGGGGAAUAUAAUUGCCCCGGACUCACCCAAAUCAUGGUCCAGGCUUGAUCCAAACCAAUGGCUAGUCUUCAGUCAGGUUGAGCAGCUUCAUGUCACGGGCUUUGGCACAAUCGACGGGCGGGGCCAGGUUUGGUGGAAACAGUCGUGCCGGUAUCAUCCUGACCUGGAAGGAUGCACUUCAUUGGCACCUACUGCAAUGAAGUUUAUCUCUUGUAAUGCGAGCGGUGUUACGAACGUUAACUUAGUAAACAGUUCUCAGACCCACAUGUUGAUAUCAGGCUGUCACUAUUUUCACGUCGAUAAUCUGCUAAUUGAAGCUCCCGGGGAUAGUCCGAACACUGACGGGAUCCACAUCCAAUUUUCUGAGGACAUAACCAUCACAAACACGAUGAUCAGAACCGGUGACGAUUGUGUAUCUGUUGGAGACUAUACAUCGAAUAUUAACAUCUCAUCUCUAAUAUGUGGACCUGGUCAUGGAGUGAGCAUAGGAAGCUUAGGUCGAUCAGGGAAUGCCGUCGAGGUAGAGAACAUUCACGUGAGAAAAGUUUACUUUGAACAUACCACGAAUGGAGCUCGGAUCAAAACAUGGCAGGUCGGAACUGGUUAUGUCCGAGGAGUCACCUUUGAAGAUAUCAAGUUCGACUCCGUGGAAAACCCGAUAAUCAUCGAUCAGUACUACUGCAAAAGCAGAGGCGCCUGUGAGGAAAAGCAAACGGGAGUUCACAUAAGCAAUGUGACAUACAGCGACCUGUCGGGAACAUCGAGCACAGAUGUGGCGAUCAGUCUCAACUGUAGCAGAUCAGUUGCGUGCAAGGGGAUAGUGUUGAAAUCUGUAAACCUGACAUCUACUAUACCUGGAAGCCGAGUCACUUCGAACUGCAUUAAUGCUUAUGGAAAUGUCACCGGGGAGGUUCAACCCAAGCCCUCUCUUCUGGUAACAAACACUACGGAAUGAAGGCAUUGCUGUCACCUGCCAAACUUCUAGGAUAUUGAUGAAAUGGCUUUUGUUUUUUUUUUUGCCCCCUCUAGAUAUGAUUCCGAUGAUGUUCUCGAUAGACUGAUUCUCAGAAAGCUUCUUCGGAGUGAUUCUUAAUCUGCACAUUAUCGAGCACGGGUUCAUAUUAUUCUUA